AUGCUGUCCUCUCUUCUUCUCUUUCACCUUGGUUCUCCCUCUCCUCUCUGUUGUAACAUCGGUGUCGCUACCAGAGGUUCCACCGCCGUCCCUACUGCCUCGUGGGUCACCGUCCCUGCUGCCUCAUGUUGGGUCACCAUCGUUGUCUCGAAUUCCAUCUCCGCCGUCACUGCUCCCUCGUGUUUGGUCGUCGUCGUUAGUCCCAUCGCCGUUGUUGCUAUUGCCUCAUGGAUUGCCGUCGUUGUUGUUGUCUCACAAAUCGAUCUCGUGGUCGAGGUAGAGGGAAGGUGUCUACUGGUACCUUCAUCCGCCUCUGCCACCAUCCGUCGACUCGUUGAUCCCGAGGAUGGUGUCGAUUUAAGGGAGCAGAGUGAAGGUAAGAGCUGGAGCGGCUUUAGCGAUGAAGCAACAAAUGGCGCGGUGUACCAAGAUCAUAUGUGCACCAGUGGCAGCGGUGCUAUUGGUGGCAGCAACGACACUACUGGAGGAGUAUUGACAUCACCGCCUAAUAAGUCUUAUGCUGAGUUUAUUCUAGUUUCCUUACGGUGUGGCAUGUUAGCAUCAAUAUUAGCCACACUUUAUUGUUACCUAAUGAAACCCACAAGAAAGAAACACGUUUAUCUUGUGGAUUUUGCAUGCUACAAACCUCAUAAUCCUGCAUGCAUGUGCACGAAGGAGCAUUUCUUGAAGUUAAUAAAGAGUACAGGAAAAUUUCGAGAUGAGAGCUUAGAUUUCCUACGGAAGAUUCUAGAGAGGUCUGGAAUUGGUGAAAAGACCUACAUUCCGGAAUGUAUCAUGAAAUUCCCGGAAUACAUAAGCUUGGAUGAGGCAAAGGGUGAGACAGAGUCCGUGAUGAUUGGCGCCAUUGAUGAACUUAUGUUGAAAACAAAAGUGAAGAAAGAGGAAAUUGGAAUCAUUGUGACGAAUUGUUCUUUGUUCAAUAGCAUACCCUCUCUGAGUUCAAUGGUUGUCAACCAUUACAAGCUUAGCCACAAUGUCUUGACCUAUAAUCUUAGUGGCAUGGGUUGCAGUGCUGGACUUAUUUCCGUUGAUCUUGCCAAACAACUAUUGCAGGUACGUCCUAAUUGUUAUGCCUUAGUGUUCAGCACUGAAAACCUGAGUAGCAAAGUGUACUUUGGAAACAAUCGUUCCAUGCUUGUAUCCAAUUGUCUCUUUCGAGUGGGAGGUGCAGCAAUUUUACUCUCCAACCGUUCUUCUGAUUCUCAUCGUUCCAAAUAUUAUCUUAAACACAUUGUUCGCACCCACAAUGGUUCUCAAGAUCAAUACUACAAUAGCAUCCUUGAAAAGGAAGAUGAAGAUGGUGUUUCUAUUGGCAUUGCGCUUUCGAAGAACAUUAUGAAUUCUGCGGGAAAAACCCUUAAAGCAAACAUUUCAACUCUUGGAAAAGAUGUGCUACCCUUGAUUGAACAAGUUAAAUUUCUCGCAAAUUUAGUUGCGAGAAAUUUCUUGAAGAUAAGGGGCAUAAAGGCAUAUACUCCAAAUUUUAUGCUUGCUUUUGAGCACUUUUGCAUUCAUACAGGAGGAAAAGCCGUACAAGAGGAAAUGCAAAAAGUGCUUAAACUAAGUGAUUGGCAUAUGGAACCUUCUAGAAUGACUCUUUAUAGAUAUGGUAACACUUCAAGCAGCUCAGUGUGGUAUGAAUUGGCAUAUUGUGAGGCCAAAGGAAGAGUCAAGAAGGGUCAUCGGAUAUGGCAGAUUGCAUUUGGGUCAGGAUUCAAAUGCAAUAGUGCUGUCUGGUGUGCAUUGCAAACUAUUGAUCCAGUAAAGGAGAAAAACCCUUGGACAGAUGAGAUUCAUGAAUUUCCUGUUAAUGUUACAAACUAA